CAUCACUUGAACACUUCGCUAGCCACAAAGCAUGGUGAUUAGCUCUCCGAUGUCCCUCCGUCGAGGCCGUGCGCAGUGACUCACUCCUACCCCAUAGAAAAUGGACUUAGUCUGGCUGUCCCUGGGCGGUGAUGAUUUGACGCAAUACCUACUAGUGAUUAUUCAGAAUGAACUCGUGGUCCUAAUGAUCGGGCUUCGAGAUCAUGCCAAAUUGCUCAGUGAUGUUGUCAUGUCCUUUUGUUGGAGAUCCGAACCAAGGAUAACGUUAAUGGGGCUGACUAAGGUUCUAGACAUGUUUCCGGCACCGAAUAUCCGUCCAAGACGGCAGCCGGGACCUGAGCCCGUAACGACACCUGACAAAAAGGGCGCUUUCUUUGCUCGUUCAGGAAGGCGGUCUGGCGCAAGUUUUGCGCGUACGAGCGGUGACCGGCACCGUGACGCGGGUAUACAUUACCAUACCGCAACACGUUGCGACACUAAUUGGAGAUCCUCUGGAUCCGCUCUCCUCGUUAUUGCCAUUCCUGGCCAAGUCUCACGAUGGAGGAAGAUUCCGUUGUUGCUCACUGCAAGGCGAUAG